GCCUACCUGCCUCCCCUGCAGCAGGUGUUCCAGGCACCUCGACGGCCUGGCAUUGGCACUGUGGGCAAACCAAUCAAGCUUCUGGCCAAUUACUUUGAGGUGGACAUUCCUAAGAUUGAUGUUUAUCAUUACGAGGUGGACAUCAAGCCGGAUAAGUGUCCUCGAAGAGUCAACCGGGAAGUGGUGGAAUACAUGGUCCAGCAUUUCAAGCCUCAGAUCUUCGGGGAUCGCAAGCCCGUCUAUGAUGGAAAGAAGAACAUUUACACUGUCACUGCACUGCCCAUUGGCAACGAGAGGGUUGACUUUGAGGUGACAAUCCCUGGGGAAGGGAAAGAUAGAAUUUUUAAGGUCUCCAUCAAGUGGCUAGCCAUUGUGAGCUGGCGUAUGCUACAUGAAGCCCUGGUCAGUGGCCAGAUCCCUGUGCCCUUGGAGUCUGUGCAAGCCCUGGAUGUGGCCAUGAGGCACCUGGCGUCUAUGAGGUACACCCCUGUGGGCCGUUCCUUCUUCUCACCGCCUGAGGGCUACUACCACCCGCUGGGGGGUGGGCGCGAGGUCUGGUUCGGCUUUCACCAGUCUGUGCGCCCUGCCAUGUGGAAGAUGAUGCUCAACAUUGAUGUAUCAGCCACUGCCUUCUACAAAGCACAGCCAGUGAUUGAGUUCAUGUGUGAGGUCCUGGACAUCAGGAACAUAGAUGAACAGCCCAAGCCCCUCACAGAUUCCCAGCGUGUUCGCUUUACCAAGGAGAUAAAAGGCCUGAAGGUGGAAGUGACCCACUGUGGACAGAUGAAGAGGAAAUACCGCGUGUGUAAUGUUACCCGACGCCCUGCUAGUCAUCAGACGUUUCCCUUGCAGCUGGAGAGUGGACAGACUGUGGAAUGUACUGUGGCACAGUAUUUCAAGCAGAAAUACAACCUUCAACUCAAGUAUCCUCACCUGCCCUGCCUACAAGUUGGGCAAGAGCAAAAGCAUACCUAUUUGCCCCUGGAGGUCUGUAACAUUGUGGCCGGGCAGCGGUGCAUUAAGAAGUUGACUGACAACCAGACCUCAACCAUGAUAAAGGCUACAGCUAGGUCGGCCCCAGACAGACAGGAGGAGAUCAGUCGCCUGAUGAAGAAUGCCAGCUACAACUUAGAUCCCUACAUCCAGGAAUUUGGAAUCAAAGUGAAGGAUGACAUGACGGAGGUGACGGGGCGAGUGCUGCCGGCGCCCAUCUUGCAAUAUGGCGGCCGGGUGAGCAGGAAUCGGGCCAUUGCUACACCCAACCAAGGUGUCUGGGACAUGCGUGGGAAACAAUUCUACAAUGGCAUUGAGAUCAAAGUCUGGGCCAUCGCCUGCUUCGCACCCCAAAAACAAUGUCGAGAAGAAGUGCUCAAGAACUUCACAGACCAGCUGCGGAAGAUUUCCAAGGAUGCGGGGAUGCCCAUCCAGGGUCAGCCUUGUUUCUGCAAAUAUGCACAGGGAGCAGAUAGUGUGGAGCCCAUGUUCCGGCAUCUAAAGAACACCUACUCAGGACUGCAGCUCAUUAUCGUCAUCCUGCCAGGGAAGACGCCUGUGUAUGCUGAAGUGAAACGUGUUGGAGACACACUUUUGGGAAUGGCAACACAGUGUGUGCAGGUGAAGAAUGUGGUGAAGACCUCACCUCAGACUCUGUCCAACCUCUGCCUCAAGAUCAACGUCAAACUUGGUGGCAUUAACAACAUCCUAGUCCCACACCAGCGCUCUGCUGUUUUUCAACAGCCAGUGAUUUUCCUGGGCGCAGAUGUUACACACCCCCCAGCCGGGGACGGGAAGAAGCCGUCUAUCACAGCGGUGGUAGGCAGUAUGGACGCACACCCCAGCCGAUACUGUGCUACUGUGCGUGUGCAGCGCCCACGGCAGGAGAUCAUUGAAGACUUGUCCUAUAUGGUGCGUGAGCUGCUCAUCCAGUUCUAUAAGUCCACUCGCUUCAAGCCCACCCGCAUCAUCUUCUACCGAGAUGGGGUCCCUGAGGGCCAGCUACCCCAGAUCCUUCACUAUGAGCUGCUUGCCAUUCGAGAUGCCUGCAUCAAACUGGAAAAAGACUACCAGCCUGGGAUCACUUACAUUGUGGUGCAGAAACGCCAUCAUACCCGCCUUUUUUGUGCUGACAAGAAUGAACGAAUUGGGAAGAGUGGUAACAUCCCCGCUGGGACCACUGUGGACACCAACAUCACUCACCCAUUUGAAUUUGACUUCUAUCUGUGCAGCCAUGCAGGCAUCCAGGGUACCAGCCGACCAUCCCAUUAUUAUGUCCUUUGGGACGACAACCGUUUCACAGCAGAUGAACUCCAGAUCUUGACAUACCAGCUGUGCCACACUUACGUACGAUGUACACGUUCUGUCUCUAUCCCAGCACCUGCCUACUAUGCCCGGUUGGUGGCUUUCCGGGCACGGUACCACCUGGUGGACAAGGAGCAUGACAGUGGAGAGGGGAGCCACAUAUCAGGGCAGAGCAAUGGACGAGACCCCCAGGCCCUGGCCAAAGCUGUGCAGGUUCACCAGGAUACGCUACGCACCAUGUACUUCGCUUGA